UUAUAUUAAUAUAUGUAGGUCCAAGUUUAUAAGUUUUCACUUCAACUACUGAGCAAGACAGGCUGAAGGUUCUGGUUGUAAGGAUGUGUGAAAAAUCCAAAUGUCUUUGGCAUACAGUUUGUAGGCUGGCAGCAUUUCCAUCUGCCCUGAUCUAACAUGGAUUUUAAUUUUGUACAAGGAACUGGGUGUAAAUGGAGUCGUGGUGUGAAAUGCUCAGAGUCAGCACUACUGAAAGCAGCCUAUGGUGAAGUGCAGCAUCUGUGAAUACAAAUCUGCCCUUCUGGGACACUGUGCAAAAUGAUGUAACGGAGUGAAAAAGCUCUGCAGAGAUAGAUUUCACCUGCUGUAACUGAGGCUUUGCUGCAAUACUUCACAAGGUCUGGGUGUGACGCUUUCCUGGCUGGGCAGUGGGAUUGUGUUGUAGGAAAAAAGCUGUUGGCAAUAACAGCUGGAGAUCCUCGGGCUUUAGUUUGCUGCCCUGCACCUGAGCUGCAGCUCUGCUACAAAGAGGCAACACUAAGGAAAGCCUUUAGUGCUUGGGGGCUAGGAUUCCAAGAGGAAAAUUUUCUCGACUUUGUUUGGGCAGUCCUUGAGGAUGGCAAGCAAAGGACCCACAGCUUCUGCAUCAACAAAGAGCUCCAGUACUGGAGGGACCAGUGGCAGCAGCAGCAGUAAUGGUUCUGGGGACAGCACUAAUCAGGACAACACCUUUGAAUGCAACAUCUGUUUGGACACUGCCAAGGAUGCAGUCAUCAGCUUGUGUGGGCACCUCUUUUGUUGGCCUUGUUUACACCAGUGGCUAGAGACCAGGCCAAACAGACAAGUGUGUCCUGUAUGCAAAGCAGGAAUCAGUCGAGAUAAAGUUAUUCCUCUCUAUGGAAGAGGUAGCACUGGGCAGCAGGACCCCAGAGAGAAAACUCCACCACGACCCCAAGGACAGAGACCUGAACCAGAGAACAGAGGGGGAUUCCAGGGCUUUGGGUUUGGUGAUGGUGGCUUCCAGAUGUCCUUUGGAAUUGGGGCGUUUCCCUUUGGUAUAUUUGCAACAGCCUUCAACAUAAACGACGGGCGACCUCCUCCAGCUGUUCCAGGGACUCCUCAAUAUGUGGAUGAGCAGUUCCUUUCCCGCCUCUUCCUGUUUGUGGCACUGGUGAUAAUGUUCUGGCUGUUGAUUGCAUAAGUCUUUUCCAUUAUUCUAUAUAUUCAUGACCAACAAGGCCACUGAAACAGUUACAAACUGCAUCCCCAUCCCAUUUUAAACCUCUUGGUGUCUGGUUCCAUAGCUACCUAUGGGCUUCAGGAAUUGGUGGUACCACAGCACAAUGAGGAAUCUCACAUUUUGCACCAGAGUUGGUAAUUAAAACAUUGGUUGAAAAGUGUAUUUCAGCUCAGAUAUCUUGUACAACAGGUUCCUGCCACAAACCAUGGGCCUAGCGUUGAGCUGCACUCUGAAAGGGAGUGCUGCUUUGAAAUCCUGUGCCAAUCAGUGACACCAGGCCUGUGGGAUACACAGCUAUCCCAACAGACUGGGCAGGUAAGGAAGCUUCUCCAGUGUGACCAGUAUCUCCUGCUUUGCAACCACGAUGGAUCUGCCAGAGCUGCAGAUGUUGUUUAAUGUCUCCACCAACAUCUGACCUUCUCCAGGAAAUCGUCCCCAGCUCUGCUGGGACUCUCUGGGGCACAGCACGUGAUGCAGGCAGAGCCAGCUCUGGAGACUGGUUCCGGUUUCUUUUCCGUCUGUUAUUUCCCAGCGUGAUGGAAAACCCUUCCUGAUGGUUCUCAUGGCUGUUAGAAGAAGGGAUACAAAUUUAUGCUGCAAUUUUUUAAAGCCUGAGCAUGCUGGAGCCAGCCACUGGAAGAUUCUCUGGCUGUGGAGCCAGGUGGGGCUGCUGGAGGCAGCCCAGUUCCUCACUGACAAACAGUGUUGUUUGUGUUCCCCGGCUCUGUGCAGCACCUGGGCUGCACUCCUGGAUAAUCCCCUCCCAACCUCGUCACUGUAGCCACAUUUAUCUUCCUCAAGGCUUUGAGACUUUCUACACAAGGUCAUGUACUCCAGAUAAAAUCCUAUUACAGACCUGAGAUCAGCUUGUCUGGGGAGAGGAGCAAAAGGCAUCUUUACGUGAGUUUUGAGGUAAAACUUGUCAUUCUGUAAAAUGACACAGGAGGAGCGCUGAGAUCCUGCCUUUGCCAGCACAUGCUCAGUAGGGAACGUUUGGAGACCUCUCUGCAGGUGCACACAGACCCUCCCAUGCCACAGCAGGACAGCUACAGCACCACAGUCUCUGCAGCUAAAAUCUACCAAAGAUUUUAAUUUGAAGUGCUGGAGGAGACCACAACCAUUAAUGUGCUGAGGGGAUAUUGCAGAAGGUGAGCAAUCUGCAGUCGCUUUGGAAUCCUGUUGGGUAUUCAGCUUUAAAGAGUACUCCUGAUGUAUUUGUGUAGAUUCCUUCAAAACAGGUAUGAGAGAUUCCCUAGCAAGAUGAACAGUUCAUAUUUCUCUGACUAGGCAAUUCCAUUUUUUUUUCUCUUACUGUUUUUAGAUUUUUUUGAUUCCGGUCGCUCGUAGCCAUGAUGAUUUCCUGCAAGAUGAAUGUUGUGACUUCCCUGGCAGUAGACAGAAAAACUGAAAGCAAAUCAAUUAAUAGAAACUUUGUUUCAGUAGCUUGGGAUUUUUAGUGUAUGGCAGAGUUUCCUGGGCAGGACACCUUUAAUUAAUUGUUAUAGAAGUUUAUUUAUGUAAUUAUAAACUGUUUCCUUUUAGUGUCAAGACAGAGUAUGACUGAAGUUUAACUUGCCUACCUCCAAAAUUCCAUCUGGCAAGUAGAAUGUUGCAAAGCUUCUGCAGUGUUUUGUCACGUCAGAUUUACACCUGACUCAAUAAUCUGACAGAAUAUAUUGCUCAACUAUUUAUAGUUGAGGUGGUGCUUCAGCUUUUGCUGUGCGACACUUGUGAGUAGCUGAACUUUGGCAAAGGGUUCUUCUCAAUGUGUAACUUGGUAACUGGGGCCCUUCCCAGGAGCACGGACUGUUUUGUUUGGUUGUCCUACAAUGUCGCAGCUUUGGGUUCCUCUCCUGCGCAGUCAGCACCACCUGCUGAUGGGAAGGGAAGGUUCAUGUGACGGUAAGGGAUGGAUUCCUUCUCCUUUUGGACGGAGAAACUCGAUGCUGAAAGGUUAUGCAGGGAGGAGAAAGGUAGCUCUUUGAAGCCUUUAUCCCAUAAAGAGGAUAGAGAAGUGACUGCAAUAGAUUCAAGAGGUACUGAAAUACAUUUAAUUAAUACAUUUUAAAAACCAGAAUUUUAAUGGAUCGGGGGUGGGGAUUUCCAUCUAGGAGUGAGAAAGAUAAUGGAUUUAUCCAUUAUCUAGGAGUGAGAGAGAUAAUGGAGAAGGCUGCAGAAGCAUGACUGAGAGCUCUUAUUUUCCGGCAAUUCAAGGAUGAAAUAGUCUAAAAGUGUUAACGCUUGGUUCCCCCUUUCCCUGGUGUGCUUUUGUAUGUACCCCUUCCCGUAACCCGACCGCACACGGCCCGGACGGCUCGGUUAGUGCGUUACCGUUCCUCCUCACUAAUUUUCACUGUUGUGAAAGUGAUUUAGAAUUAAAAAAUGGUUUUACAUUGA